AUUGCCUUCUUCGUUCUGCGGCAUUUCCCCGAACUCAAAUAAAUGCACGCGGUGAACUCCCCGUGAGUCAUUUUGAAUCCAAAAACUAGGGCUCGCCGCGGCCCUCCAUUCCGUUCGGAUUCACCGCUAGGGUUUUGAAGAGAAACCCUAGCGCGAUCUAAAUCCAAUCCCAACCUCUCGAUCUCCAUCUCGAUCUCUUUCCAUGGCGGACGAAGCAGCGGCGGCAGCGGCGGCGGCGGCGGCGGCCGCGGGAGGAUCGUCUUCCUCGGCGGCGGCGGUGGUGGGGAUCACGGUAAUCCCGAUCGUGAACAAGCUCCAGGACAUCUUCGCGCAGCUGGGGAGCUCGUCGACGAUCGACCUACCCCAGGUGGCGGUGGUGGGGAGCCAGAGCAGCGGCAAGUCCAGUGUGCUCGAGGCGCUCGUCGGCCGCGACUUCCUCCCCCGUGGCUCCGACAUCUGCACGCGCCGCCCCCUCGUGCUCCAGCUCGUCCACUCCCCGCGGCGCCCCGAUGCUUCGGCCGGGGAGGGGGACGAGUGGGGGGAGUUCUUACACAUCCCCGGAAGGAGGUUCUACGACUUCGGAGAGAUCCGCAGGGAGAUCCAGGCUGAGACAGAUAGGGAAGCGGGAGGAAAUAAGGGUAUAUCAGACAAACAAAUCCGCUUGAAGAUUUUUUCUCCAAAUGUUCUGAAUAUCACAUUGGUUGAUCUGCCGGGAAUAACCAAAGUGCCGGUCGGUGACCAACCAAGCGACAUUGAGGCAAGAAUUAGAACACUGAUCUUGUCAUACAUCAAGCACAAGACUUGCAUCAUAUUAGCAGUUUCACCUGCAAAUGCAGAUUUAGCAAAUUCCGAUGCUCUUCAGAUGGCAAGAGUUGCCGAUCCAGAUGGCUCUCGAACAAUUGGGGUUAUCACGAAGUUGGAUAUAAUGGACAGAGGGACUGAUGCACGUGACUUUUUGCUGGGAAAAGUGAUCCCCUUACGACUUGGUUAUGUUGGUGUUGUGAAUCGCAGCCAACAGGACAUCAACUUAAAUCGUAGUAUCAAGGACGCUCUGGCCUAUGAAGAGAACUUCUUCCGGAAUCAGCCUGUAUAUCACGGUCUCUCUCAUUGUUGUGGGGUUCCCCAAUUAGCCAAGAAAUUAAACCAGAUUUUGGUGCAACAUAUUAGGACAGUUCUUCCUGGUUUGAAGUCUCGUAUAAGCGCUCAAUUGACAUCUGUAGCGAAGGAGCUUGCUGCCUAUGGUGAUGUAGUGGAAUCAAAGGUUUGUUUGUCUAUAGGGUGCAUUAACUGUAUUACAUGAUACUGUUAGUUGCUU